AGAGGCUGCUGAACAUAAGCCACCAUGUGGAAGUGGAUGUGGGGGGCACUGAUCCUGUGUGCCCUCUUCACUCUUGCUGUGGCACAAGGUUCCAGCUCACAGCAACAGAGAACAAGCAAGAGAAGCAGGAAUACAAAUCCGGCCUACAACAACAUCUUCGAACCUCAAACCACAGGGGUGACUGAGUGGACAUCCUGGUUCAACAUCGACCAUCCCGGAGGUAACGGUGACUACGAGAGACUAGAGGCCAUUCGUUUUUACUACCGAGAGAGGGUGUGUGUACGCCCCGUGGCCAUGGAGGUCCGUACCACAGAGUGGGUGGCUGCUGCAGACACCGGGGAAGUAGUACAUUCCAGCCUGGAAAAAGGCUUUUGGUGCGUCAACAGAGAACAGCCAUAUGGGCGAGUCUGUUCCAACUACCACGUGCGCUUCCAGUGUCCGCCAGUUCAGGCAUACUGGACUGACUGGAGCAACUGGAGUUCUUGUUCCACCACUGUGUGUAACGACGUGGGAAUCCAGGUGCGACGACGGAAGUGCAUGAGCACACAGCCUCUCCCCGCACUGGCCACACCAGCCUGUCCAGGCCCUCAUGUCGAGCGGAGAGAGUGCUCUACCCCACCCUGCCAAGCCAGGUGGAGCCCGUGGGGAAUGUGGAGUGUUUGUUCUGUGACCUGUGGAAAGGGUCGGAGAAGCAGACGGAGAACUUGUAUCAGAUCGUCUGAUAAGAUCAACUGCACAGGACGGCCAGUAGAAAUCCAGAAAUGUGGAAGUGCUCCAUGUCCAGUACUGUGUCCGCUAGUGUGUCCCGAGGGACGUCCAAGUGAGGACUGCAACUAUUGUGUGUGUAAGGGACAGACACUAAAAGGGGAAGUUCUGAGCGUGGCCGGAGCGCCAGUGUCUGGAGCCAGUGUGGCCGUGGCAGACCUGCCUUCAGUUAUCCGUGCUCAUACAGACACCAACGGUCUGUUCGAGAUUGCUGGCAUGUGCUCAGGCCUCGAGUCCCGGCUACUUAUCAGUAGGGACAAAUUCGCCCCUGCAACUGUCCCGGUUUUUAGAAACAGUAGUAAGAGUCUGUGGGUUCGAGCUUUUCUCAGGUCCUCAGAUGUGCCGUAUAUCAUCAAACAUCCUGAAGACAAAGCGCGUUACGAAGGCCAACGUGUGACACUUUGCUGCAAAGCAACAGGAACCCCAAACCCUGACAAAUAUUACUGGUAUCACAAUGGAACCUUACUGGAUCAGAAAAUACACAAAAAUGAAGGCGACCUUGUACUGAGACACCUAAAACCGGAACAGGCGGGGCAGUAUUACUGCAAAGCUAGUAGUCUGACAGGAACCAUCAAAUCUCACCCUGCCCUCCUAACUGUUCUGGCCAAAGGAGCUCCAGCUUGUAACACCACACCAGAAAUUCACCUAAUUAAACUGCCACUAGACUGUAAGCAGCAUGGCAAAAACUCCCGGUGGUAUAAUGCUGGUCGCUGUCCUCACAACAAAUGUCCUGGCUCACUGGAUUUUGACCUACGAUGCAAAGAUUCGUCCAAUUUCUGCUGCGGUGUGAAGCACAUGGAGGCAAAGGAGAUUAACUGCGGGAGCUACGUUCUUCCUAUUAAAGUCGUCAGUGAGUGCGGUUGCCAGAAAUGUGUGCAGCCUAAAAUUCUGGUACGGGGUAGAGUCGUCUCUGCAGACAACAAUGAGCCCUUGCGGUUUGGACACAUUUUUAUGGGAAAGGAACGAGUAGGAAUCACGGGGUAUCAAGGUGGCUUCACGAUUCAGGUACCUGUUGACAACCAGCGCCUGGUAGUGAACUUUGUAGAUCCAUCACAGAAGUUCUUGGAUACUCUGAAAGUGUUUAUUUUUGACAAGAAGGGUGGUUCAGUGUACCACAAUGUGAAAAUAAUGAGAAAGCAGGAACCAAUCGACAUUAAUUCUGCAGAGAGCAACACUAUUUAUCUGGGGGAUAUUAAAGGAGAGGAUCCGAUUGGUCAGCUGGUAAUACCACCAAACUCCUUCCACAAAAACACCGGGGAAAAAUAUGAAGGCACGGUUAAAGCAAGUGUCACAUUCUUCGAUCCACGAAAUAUCACCACAGCUGCCGCCAUACCAGGAGACUUGAACUUUGUAGGAAAUGAGGGAGACAUUCUUCCUCUCAGGACAUACGGAAUGUUUUCUGUCGAUUUCAGGGAUGAAGCAAACCAGGAGAUUCUCGGAGCUGGUGAAGUCCAAGUGCUCUUCGACACUGAGCAUGUCAAAAUGCCAGAACACGUCCCUGCUAUGAAACUGUGGUCUCUCAACCCAGAGACGGGUAUUUGGGAAGAAGAGGCAGACUUCCAUCCAACUCAAGUAACCACUGAAGGAAACGGAAGGAGGAAAAGAGAGGAACGCACUUUCCUGAUUGGAAACAUGGAAAUCCGAGAGCGCAGGUUGUUUAACCUUGAUGUACCCGAAAGCCGGCGCUGCUACGUCAAGGUGCGAGCGUACAUGAGUGACAAGUUCCUGCCCACCGAGCAGCUUGAAGGAGUAGUAAUUAACUUGAUAAACCUAGAGCCAAUGCCUGGAUACACAUCUAAUCCUAGAGCGUGGGGCCGUUUUGACAGUGUGAUCACUGGACCUAAUGGGGCGUGUCUGCCAGCCUUCUGUGAUGCUCAGAGACCUGAUGCAUACACCGCUUAUGUUACAGCCACAAUGGGGGGUGAGGAACUAGAGGCAGCCCCGUCUAUGCCAAAAAUGAAUCCUAACAUAAUCGGUGUGUCAAAGCCAUAUUUGGACAAAUUAGAUUACCAACGCUCAGAUCAUGAUGAUGCACAACUCAAGAAAACGGCCUUCAAAGUAAACCUAGCCAAGCCUAAUCCUAAUAAUCUGGAUGAAACCAAUGGACCGAUAUAUCCUUACCAGAGUUUAAUCGCAUGUGAAAAUGCUCCUGCCGAUGCAAACCACUUCAGGUUUUUCCGUGUGGAGAAGGACAAAUAUGAGUACAACGUGGUACCUUUCCAGGAGGGUGACCUGACCACUUGGACUGGGGAUUAUCUCUCAUGGUGGCCCAAUCCUCAGGAGUUUAGGGCCUGCUAUAUCAAAAUUAAGGUCCAUGGGGAAGCAGAAGUCAUGGUGAGGUCAAAGAACUUUGGUGGUACACAUCGACAGACCAGGGGGCAGUUAUAUGGCAUUAGGGACGUCCGCAGCACUCGUGACUUACACCAUCCUAACACUUCUGCUGCUUGCCUGGAAUUUAAGUGCAGUGGAAUGCUUUUUGAUCAAGGUGCUGUUGACCGGUCUCUCAUUACUGUAGUUCCACAAGGUAACUGUCGAAGAACAGGCAUCAACAGUCUUCUGCAAGAGUACCUUACAAAGCACCCGCCUCUUUUACACAACAACGACUCUUAUGCAUUUAGCAUGUUAGCCCCCGUUGACCCGCUGGGCCAUAAUUAUGGAAUCUACACCGUCACAGACCAAAACCCUCGUAUAGCUAAGGAGAUCGCCAUAGGACGCUGCUUCGAUGGUACCUCGGAUGGAUUUUCCAGGGAGAUGAAAUCUGAAUCUGGAGUAGCUCUAACUUUCAGCUGCCCAAAGAAAACUGUGAACCGGGAAAGCCUGUUCCAGCGCUUGCAAACAAAUCCUGGACAAACCUUGUCACAAAUGGCUCGGGACAUGAGGGAGUCACAGGGAAUGCAGGUCAGAAGAGGGGCAGCGCAGGUUGUACCGUAUCCUUUGGCCCAACAGGGUAGAAGGCCAGGCCGCAGACCUACCAACACUAGCAGGAGAAGAGCCGCCAGAUGGACUCAACAGAAGCAGUAGAGCCGCCAAGGGUCUUUGGGUAGAUGCUGAAUGAAGACAUGGGAUUCACACAAAUGAUGA